AUGACACAGGAGGCGUUAGAUUUUGCCCUCAGCGACAGAGCGGUAGAGAGGAGAACAGAUAAGCGAGCCAGGGACUCGCCUGGCAUUAAGCGCUUUAAACAGAACGCAAAAAGGCGUCGGGAGAGCGCAAAUCAGAAGAGCGGGCCCACGGAAGUUGCAAACGUGGGAGAACGGCGUAAGAAGAAAGCGAGGACGAAACGAGCCAGUCGGCCACCGGAGGAGGGAAGCCAACCCGACCAAGACAACCUGCGGUCGGACGGUCCCUGGCAAACGGUAGUAAAUAAACCGAAGGUGAAAGCGGCAGUCACGCGCCCGGCGAGAGCCAGACAGAAGGGUGAAGCACUUCUCAUUAAAACAGAGAAAGAGCGCUACGCCGACGUGCUCAAGCCGAUGCGCAGCGCCGAGAAACUGGCGGAUCUUGAUAAAGAGGUUCGUAACAUAAGGCGGACGAGAGCGGGCGAGAUGAUCCUUGUCUUAAGGAAGGGCUCACAGGCGAACGGUACCUCAUAUGGAGCGCUAGCCCAGGAAGUCCUAGGCGAGAGCGUAGAAGUGAGGGCUCUACACGACGAAGUGACUCUCCAAUGCAAGCAGCUGGACGAGGUCACGACAUCGGAAGAGAUCGCCUCGGCCAUCAAGGACCAAGGUGGAGUGGUGGUAGCAAAUGCGUCCAUCCGUCUGCGAAGAGGACCGCAGGGGACGCAGAUUGCCACGGUGAAGUUACCGGCCAUCGACGCUAACAAGGUGAUCAAAGUUGGUAAGCUGAAAGUUGGCUGGUCAGUAUGUCCAGUCAGCCUCUACCAACCACCGGUAGUCGACAAGUGCUUCCGCUGCCUCGAACCGGGACACAAAUCGUGGGCGUGCAAAGGGCCGGAUAGGAGUAACCUAUGUAGGCGAUGCGGCGAAGAGGGCCAUAAGGCGCACACGUGCGAGAAAGCACCAUCGUGUAAGCUAUGCCAGUUGCUGUGGCAGUCGGUAGUAGAAGCGAGAACGGACGUCGCUAUCUUGUCGGACCCGUACCGCAUCCCCGCGGAUAAUGGGAACUGGGUAGCGGAUAGAUCCAAAUCAGCGGCGAUUUGUACGACGGGAAGAUACCCGAUCCAGGAAGUGCUGAACACAAGAGCGGAGGACCUAGUGGGUAGCAAGCCAGUAGUAAUUGCAGGAGACUUCAAUGCGUGGGCGAUAGAGUGGGGAAGUCGCUUUACUAACCGGAGAGGGCAAACGCUGCUAGAGGCUUUCGCCAAGCUGGAUGUCGUGCUGUGCAACGAAGGCUCCAAAAGUACCUUCCAGCGAAACGGAGUGGAAUCGAUAAUAGACGUAACGUUCUGCAGUCCAAGUUUGGUCGGUGAUAUGCAGUGGAUGGUCGACGACGGUUACACCCACAGUGACCAUCUAGCUAUCCGGUACAGGAUAGGCAGCGAGGCAAGAAGAGAAAGCCGGAGAGCUACUCCCACAACCCGGUCGUGGAAGGUCGCCUACUUCGACGGUGGGACCUUCAGUGAAGCUAUGGGUCUGGAAGAAAACACGGGAAGUUUAAGCGGCGACGAACUGGUUGCGGUCCUGUCUCGAGCUUGUGACGCGACCAUGCCGAGGAAGGUGCGACCACGGAACUGCAGGCCACAGGUAUACUGGUGGAGCGAUGAAAUUGCAGCCCUUCGAGCAGCCUGUCUCCGGGCUAGAAAACGCAAAGGACACGCUUGGCGGAAGUGA